UCUUGCUCCAUAUACCCAUCAUGUCGACUAGUAAUGGCAAAGCUAGGGCCGUAGAAAUCAUCGAGGACGACCCGGAAAAGCAGGGCAGCUCGGAAUCAGAAGACUCUGAGGACGAGCUGGGAGAUCCUUCCAUGCCGGAGGCUAGCAUGCCAUCUACUUCCAGCAAGAAGCAAAAGAAGAAGAGAGCUAAGGCUCUCAAAGCUCUCAGUGCGCUGAAGGGUGGCAAGGAUAAGAUUCCUGAGAAUAUCGUCAAUGUCGUGCUCGACAAGGUGAAGGAGACUGGGCAGGCCCCAGAGGCGGAUGAAGCGACUGUAAGGAUGGCCCUCGAGCAGAUGAAGAUCAAAGAUGUCAUCCAGGGCAAGACUGGCCUCUACGGAAAGAACAAGAAGGACACUGGAGGACACAAGUUUUGGUCCACUCAGCCAGUCCCCCAGCUCGGCGAGGAUGCUCCUACAUCCGACGGUUAUAUCGAGCCUUCGAGGCCUGCAUCUGAACUACCUCAAGAACCACACCCACUUCCCAAAGAUUUUGAGUGGUCUACUGUGGAUAUAACGGACGAAGCACAGCUUCGUGAACUAUACGAGCUACUUUGCGCGAAUUAUGUCGAAGAUGACGACGCGUCAUUCCGCUUCCAGUACUCUGCCGAAUUCUUGCGCUGGGCACUGAUGCCUCCUGGCUAUCACAAGGAAUGGCACGUCGCGGUACGAGUGACGUCCACUAAGAAGCUUGUGGCCUUCAUCGCUGGCAUGCCGAUCACUCUCCGCGUUCGCGACAAUGUCAUCAAUGCGAGCGAGGUCAACUUCUUGUGCGUCCACAAAAAGCUUCGAUCGAAGCGUCUCACGCCCGUGCUCAUCAAGGAGGUGACCCGGCAAUGCAACCUGAAGGGCGUGUUCCAAGCCCUAUAUACCGCCGGUACAUUACUGCCGACACCAGUAUCCGUCUGCAAGUACUUUCACCGAUGCCUCAACGUGCCCAAGCUAGUCAAUGUACGCUUUACACACGUUCCACAGAACCAGACACUGGCACGUAUGAUCCGCCUCAACAAAGUCCAAGAUAGACCGCGGCUGGAGAAAGAGGGCCUGCGCGAGAUGGAGGAGAAGGACGUGCCCGAGGUCACUGCUCUGUAUGAAGCAUACAUGAAGCGCUUUGGUAUGGCAAUUAUCCUUACUGAGGAGGAGGCUCGACACCAGUUCCUCAGUGGGCGUGGUAUCGGUCCUACUGAGAAGGAGAGCUGGAGGAAGCCGCGUGAUGGUCAAGUGGUCUGGACAUACGUGGUCGAGAACCCGCAGACACAUAAGAUUACCGAAUUCUUCUCGUUUUACUCAUUACCGUCGACGAUCAUGAAUCAUCCGAAGUACAAUGUACUGAACGCGGCAUAUCUCUACUACUAUGCCACCACUACUGCCUUCCAGCCAGGCGCAGAUGACGAUGGCCUUCUGAAGAAGCGGCUGGAGGACCUCGUCGGCGAUGCGCUCAUAGUUGCUGAUCAGGCCAAGUUCGACGUCUUCAAUGCCCUCACGCUCAUGGACAACGUCUGCUUCUUGCAGGAUCUCAAGUUUGGUGCGGGAGACGGUCUCCUCAACUACUAUUUAUACAAUUGGCGGACAUCGAGCCUUGCAGGACUGACGUCGACAGGCGAAUUCCCCGCAGGCAGAGGUGUUGGCGUACCCAUGCUGUAGUCGUAUAAUGUACAUCGUUGCUGGUUCGAAAGAUUCAACAUAUCUAUAAUAUACAAAUACAUGCCUGCCCAGAGGAUAUCAGCGUCGUGAUGAAGUAGCCCUCAGCAGGCGCACGAUGUGACCUUAGUCACUUUCGUACAUAUCUGCAUCUGCAUCCUCGUCCAUCCCGUCAUCGAAGUAAUCGUCAUCGUCAUCAUCGAUGACCAAUGGCGACUGCUGUGUUCCUCCUCCCGUCGUUCUCUGGGAAACAGGGACACUAUCGCCACCCGCGCCGAACGUCUGAGGUGCAAUUGAGGUAAGUGCAGAAGCUCGGGCACCCAGCGCUUGACCGCUUGAACCCCACGAGUGAGCGCUCUGUGACGGAGGGUCUUCUCUGGCCUUGCCCUUCGCAUUUGUACUUGGUGACGAAGUCGACGAACGACCGGUGAGUGUAUUGCCGGACCCAGUGAAGGUGGAGGGUUGAGGAGACUUUGUUACAUCUUUUGCUUUGUCUUCAGGCUUAUACGGAAGGACAUUAAAGCCGAAGAACAGCUUUCCGAAGGAGAGGUCUAGCGGAGCUGGAGCAGACGCAUUUGCUUCCAGGCUAUCCGUAGUAACCACUCGAUGAUUGUCCGAUCGAAUGAUCUUGCUGCCCUCCGCAACUUCUUCCAGUCUACGAUGACUGACACCCUUGCCCUUCGUCCUACGGCCACCCAGAGUUUCGCCCUUACCCUUAAAGGCUUCCCACCGCUCGCCCUCUUUGCUUACCGCUGUCGACUUGCUUCCAACACUAAAAGUACCGCCCAUUGCUGACCCAGGACGGGAUGAACCCGGUGUGGAGGCAUUGACAUCGAUUUGUAGUUUGCUCGCCAUCGUGGUUGGCGGAAGUGGUUUUGGACGUUCGGGUUCGACAUAGCCCACCGGCGGAGCGAAAUCUACCUCCAAGUCGGUAUCUACUACGGAGAUACCCUCGCCUCCUGGUUGUGUCUCUAUUACUAGGAGGCCGAACCGGAUCGUAUUGUAUGAAAUCUCGAUAAUGUCGCCUUGCGUAAGAGCAGAGAAGUGACGAAGAGCCUGCUCAAGCACAGCUUUGGCGUCCGAAAUUUCAAGGAAGUCGACUGUCUGGGCCUGCAGCUUCACAAAUUUGCCUUUUGGCAGCUCACAUCCGGUGACACGAAUAGGCUCUCCUUCAUCCAAGCGCAAUGUCGUCAUCAUCCAAUGUGGAAGAUGAACAACACCUUCCUCAGCUAUAAACUCGAGAACACCUGCAUGAGUCGAGGCCGCCGGGUUCGCCGGAUUACUGAGCUUGAACAUCCAAGGGGACUCAAGGUCUAGCUGGGUAAGCCGAGCCAACGCAGACGGUGGCAUAAUAAUCUUUCCGCCAUAGCUUACGUUCUCUCGCUCCUUUCCUGGGAGCAUCGCGACACUGUAAGCUUUGAAGUAUUCAUCAUAAGCUCUUGGAUUCGGCCUUCGCGCAUGUUGGGGCAUUCCUCCGCCAAAUCCAAGCUGGGCGAAGAGGCCCGCAGUGCCUCCCGGAAAGCCGGGAAAAUCCAUGGUUGUGAUGGGAUGUGGUAGAGAUGAAU